AUGGGCUCCACGGAACAGCUUCGCACCUGGUGGAAGGAGAGUUCGGUGUACCAAGUAUAUCCGGCAUCCUUUCAAGACACCACGGGCUCUGGAACUGGAGACCUGAAAGGAAUCAUUUCACGAGUAGACUAUCUCAAGGACCUCGGCGUGGAUAUAGUAUGGCUGUCGCCCAUAUUCGCAAGUCCCCAAAAAGAUAUGGGGUAUGACAUUAGCGACUAUAGAAAGAUCGAUCCCAUCUAUGGAGAUAUCAGUGACGUUGAUACUCUAAAGGACAAGCUCCAUGAACGGGGCAUGAAACUUGUCCUAGACCUGGUAGUCAACCACACAAGCGAUCAGCACGAGUGGUUCAAAGAAUCAAGAAAGUCAAAAGACAAUGCCUUUCGAGAUUGGUAUAUCUGGCGUCCACCCAACGCCUGGGAAUACGAUGAGACAACUGACGAAUACUAUUUACGACUCUUUUGCCGAGAGCAGCCCGAUCUCAACUGGGAAAACCCGGACGUGCGCAAGGCUGUCCAUGAGGUUAUGCGCUUCUGGCUCGGUCGAGGAAUAGACGGCUUCCGGAUGGACGUCAUCAACUUCAUCAGCAAAGACCAACGCUUCCCGGACUCUGAUAAAGUGGUCUGCCGGGGCCACGAGUACUACGCUUGCGGACCUAGAUUGCACGAAUACCUGAAAGAUCUCGGCGCUAUUCUUAUAGAGUAUGAUGCGUUCAACGUGGGAGAAAUGCCAUGCGUACAAGAUCAGAAUGAGAUCAUCAAGGCUGUGGGCGCUGACCGUGGAGAGCUCAACAUGAUUUUCCACUUUGAGCACAUGGAUCUUGACUACGGCCCAACCGGAAAGUUCUCUCCCGGGACAUGGACUCUCGCAAAGCUCAAGACGGUUGUCACCAAAUGGCAAGAGUUCAUGUACAACAACAACGGCUGGAACGCUCUCUACCUUGAAAACCACGACCAGCCGCGAGUCAUCAGCCGCUUCGCACACGAUGACCCUCAGCACCGCGAGGCUAGUGCAAAGAUGAUUGCCGUGUUUCAUGCUUUCCAGGCUGGCACGCCGUUUAUAUACCAGGGACAGGAGAUUGGCAUGACGAAUGUUCCAAAGGAGUGGCCCAUUGAGGAGUACAAAGACAUUGAUUGCGUUAAUCACUGGAACUUAUACAAAGACACCGCAGACGAAGAAACCAAAAAACUCGUAAAAGCAGAAUACCAAAAGAAAUCUCGCGACAACGCCCGAACCCCCAUGCAAUGGGACGCAACCCCCCAAGCCGGCUUCACAAGUAGCACCACCCCUUGGAUGCGCGUCAAUGACAACUACAAGGACGUCAACGCCGCCUCCCAGACCGGCAACCCGCAAUCCGUCUACCACACGUACCGCCAGGUCCUGCAGCUGCGCAAAAAGUACAUGGACAUCUUUAUCUACGGAAGCUUCCAGCUUGUCUACAAGGCCAACGAGCGGGUGUUUGCGUACAGGAGGAGGAGCGCGACGGAGAUGGCGCUCGUCAUGUGCAACUUUUCGCUUGACGAAGUGGUGGUGGGGAGUGCUGAUGUGCCUAUUGAGGUGCUCUUUAGCACUCAUGGGAGGACAAUGGAUGAUUUCAAGGGCGAGCAGCUUUCGCUGGCUCCGUGUGAAGCCGUGGUGUUGCUUGUUGAACCAACUUUGUAG